AUGAUCAAGUUAUCCGGUGGAGUUAGGCUCGUUGCAGGAGCUUUUCGGGGAUAUGCCACAGUCAAAGAGAUUGCCAGAAUGGUGCCCAAAGAAGGCAAAGUUGUAUUUAUUGACGGGAAAGUCGUGAGCCACGACACUGAGCUCACGGCGAUCGCAGUCCCCAAGGGAUGUGAAUUGCAGGUCGUUAGUGUGAAUGCCCGCGGGGAUAACGAAGAUCCGAAAGUUGCCGUGAAAAUUGCCGAGCUGCUGAAGAAAGGUACGGCUGUCGACAAAAAGGCCAAGAAGACCAAGCCAGCCCAGAUCAAAGAAAUAUCUGUCUCGUGGUCGAUUUCUAAAAAGGACUUUGAUCUACAGAAACGCAAAGCUAUUGAAUCAGUAUUCAACCGGGGCCAUACCUCUGACUCCAAAUCAGCUGGAAAGUCGAGCACUUAUUCGGGACAGAGUUGA